AUGUUCCGCCUUCGAAAGGUUUAUACAUACACAUUCUAUGGAGUACCGUACUGUACAUCCUGCAAAGCAACGGUAAAAACCUUAGUUCGCAAAGAUUCCUUAACUGUGCCGGUUCCGAGAAUUAACAUCAUCGGUAGGACCAAUCUGCACCCUCCUUGCCGAGCAGACGGGCAGAACGGCCGUGACGUUCGGGCAUCUUCGCUUCUAUCCCACAGACAGACAACAUCAACACCCUGUCUGUGGAGACUGAUAAUGCAAGAUUGUCAGGCAUUCGGUUUAUUUCAAGAACCACUGCAGACUGGCGGUCCCUCCAAUACAUUUUCUUUCAUUUGA